CUCAACGCAUCUGUCGACACCGCACGUGGACAAAGUUUAAGUAUAAGUCUAAGUUACUUUUUCCAAGACAUAUCGUGCCAAGCCAAUAUAUAUACUAUCUAAAUCAAAAUUCAACGGCUCAAUGGAUAUAUAUUUAUACAAGAAACCUGACUACUGCGUAACUUAUCAACAUCUGCUCACUUUUUACUCUGUUUGCUGUGCAUAAAUUGCUCUCCAGAGAUAUUACAAUUGACUUAUCUUUUUUUUUCCUUAUCGGCACAUCAUAUCAGAUGUUCAAAAUUCCAUUUAAUUUUUUAAUAUGAAAAAAAAAAAAAAAUCAAAAAAAUGUAUAAACUCGAACGAACAAAGUGACAGUAAAUUUUUUAUCGCGCAGGCAGCAGAACUCGGGAUGAAUAUUUAAAAAUUUAAUUUUCCCAACUAGUUUAAGCUUUAACAUUUAUAAAAAAAAGAUAACAAUAACAAUAAUAAUAAAUAAAAUAAAAGGAGUUAUCUUGGGCUUUGGUAUAAGAUAAAUCCGUAAUGAUCGUUGGUGUAUGUGAGCGUGUCGAAUUCACAUCAUCACCGUUAAAAAAUCACGCUUAGUUUCCUGGGUGUGUGUAUGUGAAUAGCAUUUCGCCCCCGCGUAUUACAAUCUCUUCACUCACACAUCCAACAGCUCGGAGAAUGUAUAGAGGUGAGAGAGGUAGAAAUAGGGACAGGGACUGGAACACGGGAUAAGGAUAAGGAUAGAAAUGGAAGCACAACAGUAUGUACGUUUGUACGUACAAGUAUCAGAGCAGACACGAGGGAGCAGACGCCGGUUUCCCCGGUGCGUCAGUGCCGUCAGUAGUCAGUAAGGCCAGUAAAGGCAGUAAAGCGCGCCGCCUCGUGCCGUCAACAUCUGAAUUAUUAGUUUUAUUAAAAAUAUAUAUCGAUAGAUAACAAACGCGUCCAAUGGCCGCGUGUGAAACAUCCCUCGUCACAUCAUCCUCUUCAGGUGUGAUCAAAAAUAAAAAUUCAACCUCCGGUACUCCGAAUUACAGUGGGAGUACUGGGGACAAUGGAAAAUCAAUUACCUGGCAACAAAGACUCUUUGGUAAACAAGUACACCGUUGUAAUGAAAUAAAUCCAGAUAAUAAUAAAUUUGAUUGCAUUGACGUUAGCGCAUUUGUUGAUGAUUCUGAUGGUAGUUCAAUGUGUGAGAUAAUUGGUGUUUACUUCAGUUUUAUAAAUUCAAGUGCCACGUGUGAUGAAUUUACUAAACAAUUGGCUGAAUUAUAUGCAAAUGUUAAUUCAGUAACAGCUUCAAAUGGUGAUCAUCCUGCUGAUAAUAAUAAAUUAAAUUCACCAUUUGGACGUAAAAAAAAAUUUGAAGUUGUCCAUAUUGUUUUGUGGAGCAAUGUCACUGAUGUACUUGACUUUGAUGAGAGUUUUAAUAAUCAUGUACAAGAUUUGCCGUGGCUUGUUGUGCCCAAUCAAGACUACGAGAGAAAGACAAGACUUACCAGAAGAUACCGGAUUAAAUCGGGAGUACCGACGCUGAUACUUUUGGAAGGAGCCAGUGGAUCAGUGGUGACACGAGGUGGCGUCGAACGUGUCACUGAAGAUCCAAGUGGCGUAAACUUUCCCUGGAGGCCUCCUCAUCCCAAGGCAACCCUCGAGGAUGGUCCACUGCUAGCUUGUGGGGCGAGAGACACCAAAGAACCGAUGCUCCAUGAAGAGCUCAGGCACUGCAUCAAGGGUGUAUACUUCAGUGCACACUGGUGCCCACCAUGCAGAGCUUUUACACCACAACUAGUGGAUACAUAUCAACGAAUAAGAGAACGAGGACACCAUUUUGAAGUUAUUUUCGUCAGUUCAGAUAGGAGUGAAGAAUCUUAUAACGUACAUAUUGAAUCAAUGCCGUGGUUGAGGAUACCAUUUACCCACGAGGAACGAAGAAAAAAGUUGGCAAUAGCUCUUGACGUACAAGCUAUUCCUACACUUGUCAUUCUUGAUCCUCGGGACAAUAUCAUCACUCUUGAGGGUCGGGCUGAACUUCUCGAAGAUCCUGAGGGCCUGAAUUUUCCAUGGACCACCAGACUGGUUAAUAUAUUGACAGAAAAAUAUGCUACCUCUCUACACGAUGCCCCAGCAAUUAUUUUAUUCGUCGCUUCGGAGGGUGAAGAUUGUGAAAUACAAUUUGGUGAGAGUGUACUUUUGCCUGCUGCGGAAACUUACAGAAGAGAUAGACCAGACUACGACCCUAAUUAUGAUGAUCCUGACGAGACUCUACAAUUUUACAUCGCUCUAGACUGUGAAACAUCAGACAUUUUACGGGAAUUCGUUGGACUGGAUGAUGCGGUGCCAUUGCUGACGGCUAUUGAUAUACCACGGGGAGUUUACGCGGUAAUGGAAGACGGUGCUGAGAUCACAGUCGACUCCGUCCAGCAAUUUGUCGACGGAUUUAGAAAUAACAAAUUGCCGAUAAAUAAAAUUGCCGCUUCACAAAAGUCCGUCAAGGAUGAAAAAAUAUCAUCAUUAUCAUAAAUAAAAAAUCUUUUUAUCAGCAAAAUUUUUUAAUAAUAUAAAUUUUAAAUAAAUCGGCUGUAUAAAACAUAAUUGCUUAUAAUAUUUAAGAAAUAUAUAUGUGUAUGAUAGAUUAGUGGAGAAUUAUGAAUCAGUAUUUAAUAAAUAAUAACAAUAAUAAAUCUAGAUCAAUCAAAUGAUAUUUUAUU